AUGGAGGAGGGCACAGCACUUUCCGGCCUCCCGCCGCCGCCGACGACCCUCGAGCCCAUCUCCCGACCGAGUUCGACGUCAACAUCAGCAUCCGCUUCUCUGCAGCAGUUGCCAGGCAUCUCGGCGCUUGCGCAAGCCAACUCCACGACGAGCUCUCCACAGCUGCGGUACAACCGCGACUAUUCCCGCGCCCGCGCCCGCACCCGCCGCGCCUGCGCCUAUGACAGCACCCGCGCCCACGCCGACUCCCUCUGCGCCGAUGCAGCAGCCUACCUAUGCUUCUCCGGCGGCCACUACCGGCGGAGGAUCCACUUCUGGCACUGUGAGUCCCUUGAUGUUAUCAAGAGUCGCAAUCGUGUGAAGACGAUGCGCCCAGAUCUCGCGAAGAAGAAGCAGCAACAGCAGCAACAAGCCGCCAACUUCGCCGGCGCCGAUCCGAACGGUAUGGACCUAAACAACGCAGCGCGCAGGAAGUCCGCGAACGGCAACAUCGACGGCUCCGACUCUCCAGUAUCCCGUACGGCUACGCCUUCCCUCUACAACCCAAGCCUGCCUGUCUUCGGGAAUAUGGAUGACUCGCAGCUGGGCUUCAACGUCGGCGGAGAAAACCGAUCCGCAUCCCCUCUGAACGGCGACCGCCAUCUCGACGUCCCGCAAACCCACGAACAGCUUAUUGCAGCCAACUCAGCUCUGAAAACCCGCGUCAGCGAACUCGAAUUGAUCAACGAGCUCUUUCGCGGAAGGCUCAGCCAGAUGGAGCAAGACGAGGCAAGCGCGAGGAGGGGGCAGGAGAUUAGCGGCAAGGCCGAGGCGCAGCUACGAUCGCAGUUGGAGGCCAGCAACAAGCAACUGGAAGACAGCCAUCGAAGGGAGAACAACCUCAAGAGACGCCUCGACGAAAUGGAGCUUGAGCUUAAGGAGGCUAAGGAAGCUGCCGACUCGUCUUCCGAAUCUGGUCGAGCCGCCAAGAAGCUGCGCGUCGCCGAUAUGGUGGGCGACUCUGAAGUUUCUACCCCUCAGUCAACUACCGCGGACACCGGCGAUAGGGACACCGGCGAUAGGGAUGCCGACGAUAGGGAUACCGACAGCAUCGAUACCGAGGACAGUGGCGGCAGUGGGGCCGGCGGCGGCGGCGGGCGGAGAUGCUGA